CUCUGCGGAGACAACCCCAACCCUGUCCUUACCAAUACCAUCAUAAAACCCAUAGUCAACCAACCAACGAAGAUGGAUUAUAAACCCGCGAUAUCUGGGAACGAUUCAGACAUCCCUCGGCUUCACUUUGACAUCAGCUACUCCCUCUGGGUAGUAGAGCCGACUACAGGCCAAUCCCAACAUGUUGUCCCUGCUCUGCCCACUGGAUUAACCGUGUUUACAAAAGACUUGCCCUUCGAACGAUUCAAGUGCGGGAUCUUCAGACAUUUAAAAUCGAUUCUCAGGGACGCAAAUGUACUCAAGUUAUUGAAGUCGGCCGAUAGUCUCAAGAUGGUCGAAUGGCGCUGUUCUCUUAGUAAUCCUCACAAUCAACUCUUCGAUCCUCAGAAACGCUUCUUCGUCUCGGGUGAUGCCAGUUUCAAAGCCUUCUUGGCUGCCGAAGAAGUCACUCGAAACAGACGCUCUGGUUCUUCUGAUAGACCCAAGCUCGAGAUCAUCAUGACUAAGCCAGAAUCGACCCCCGCGACUCAGGAUGAAGCUACAACGCCUCUCAACACAACUAGUGAAACGACUGGAACACGAGCGAAUAUCACCCAAGAAUCAGCUCCGUCGUCUGCGGAAGCCCAAGCGAGUACCAGCGGCCCAAGCAGCGGGGCGAUGGCAGCGCCCAGCCGACCUUCUCUAUUCAGUUCGUCAGACCCAUCAAGCCGGCCGCCGAAACGCCCACGACCGAAUCAAGAAGCUCCUGCCCGCUUAGAUCCAGACACGUUGGAGAUGGAAGAGUUCCUCAAGCUCUGUCAUAUCCCGCUCCAUGAUCAACAUACCAGAGCGCUCAUCACCAUCCAUCGUCUCCAUCAUUGGUCCGUCUUCAAUUAUUUGUCCGUCGAGGAGCUGAAAACCGUCGGCUUCUCUCUCGGGCCUGCUCUUCUUAUCCACGCUGGCGUCACUCUUGUCAAUCGUCGAGUCGCUGUCGAGGCCGCCAACGCCGCCCUCGCUGCAUCCUCCUCUUCCUCAUGAACUCCUUUCUCUCAUUCUUCUAAUCGUUUUUUUUUUCUUUCUUUCUCUCAAAAUUGAGAAUCUCAAGCUUUUCCUCCAAAUAUAUUUAUCUGAACCCUUACUUACCCCUUUACCCGUUACCCUUUACCCCACUCAAAACAAACCAAAACAAAAAAAAUCCAAGAAAUGAAGAUGAUGUAACACUGCAUGACUAGCUAAAAAAAAGUUCUAUUCAUGUUUGUUGUCUAGUCAAUUUGGAUGCUGUGCCUCCUGAUCAUGUACUCUUUUCAUACCCGAAUCCCUCCUCUCAAUAUGCUUCUUUAUUAUGUAUAUGUGUUGAUCAGGUCCACGCUUGAUAAGCUUGAGACCAUCCUCUUCCCCCAACUUUUGCUCUACUUACAUUCUCAUUACCCUCCCCCCCCCCAUAAAACACAAAUAAAAUAACCAGAAAAUGGUAAUGAU